AUGACCACAGAGAGUUUUGCAGAGUUCCUGAACAAGCUCAAGGAAAUCCAUGAGAAAGAGGUCCAAGGUCUGCACAGCAAGGUGAUGGAGAUGACCACAGAGAAGUGCCGCGAUGCUCAGAGAAUUGAAGAGCUGUUUGCUAAAAAUCACCAAUUAAGGGAACAACAGAAGGUCCUGAAAGAAAAUGUAAAGGUGUUAGAAAACAGGCUGCGAGCUGGCCUUUGUGACAGAUGCAUGGUCACCCAGGAGCUGGCCAAAAAGAAGCAGAAUGAGUAUGAGACCUCUCAUUUCCAGAGCCUGCAGCACAUCUUCAUCCUCUCAAACGAGACCAAUCGCCUGAGGGAGGAGAACAAAACUCUCAAGGAGGAACUGAAGAGGCUCCAGAGCCUGGAGGACAGGACAAAGACCCCAGGAGUGUCCUCCAGAGAAAGCUGCUCCACACCCGGCUCCCCUUUGACUCUGCUGUCCCCAGUGAGCAGGAAUGCCAGCACAGAGAAGGCAGAGACCAGGGAAGCAGCAGUCCAGCAGGACGUGCCAGAGCUGGAGCUCAGUGAAGAAAAGCCUCCAGAGAAGCUCCAGAGAAGCUCUCCAAGCAGCAGGACCUCUCCAGGCACUCUCCUCCAAGAAGUCAGCCUUGCAGAAAUAGCAUCCCAGAGGAUUUCCAACCAGCUGCACGGAACCAUUGCCCUGGUGAGAGCUGGCUCCAAGCCCUGCCUGCUGGAAAGGAGUCCCUCAGAGGCAGCAGUGUCUCCCCCAGCCAGGAAAGCUCCUCUCCCUCCAGAACGAGAGCACAGCCCCAGCCUGGAGGCUUAUUUAACAGCGAGCAACCCGGACUCCCCCAAGGUCUCUCCAUCCUACGAAAACCUGAAGCUGAGUGCCCGGAGAGAGCAGCUGUGCCUGCUGCACAAGCACCUGUCCCUGCACCAGCUGGGGCUGGCAGGUCCCUGCGCCCCGGGCGAGCGGGACGGCGGCACCUUCCCCGUCCACCCGCUCAGGAGCAAGGCUGCCGAGGGCAGGACACGCUGCCGGGACCCCUGGGACGAGCAGGCAGCCCUGCUGAAGCUCCCUGCCACCAUGGUGUACGUCAGGGACCAGCAGCUGGAGGAGAAGCUGCAGCUGCUGAAGCAGCGGGAGCGGCUGCAGCAUCUCCUGCUGCGGCAGUGCCAGCCGGGCCAGCGGGCACACGGUGACACCGAGACACGGCCGGGCCAGCGGGCACACGGUGACACCGAGACACGGCCGCUGUCCCCGUGGCUGGGCAUGGCCACGGGCUGCAAGGAGGAGAGGGAGUUCCUGGAGGAUGCUGCGGAUGGGAAGGAAGAGGGGCAGCUGUGGCGGGGCAGGGAGCGCCCCGAGCCGCGAGCCAGGCUCAGGCUUUCACGGGCAUAUCUGACAAACAGCUCCACCCCGAGUGACCCAGAGGCCCCUCCUGAGGCCGGGCUGAGGCGGGAUGUCGGCGCACAGAAGGGAGAUGCAGAUGACAAUGAUGCUGAGUCUGGGAAGCAAGAAUCUGAUGAGCCAGACACAACGGACAGUGAGGAGAAGUAUGAAGAUGAGAUCCUACAAGAAGCCGAGGCUGACGGGAAAUACUUUUGCACCAAAGACAAAGUUCACGUGCAGCAGAGGAAGAGAAAAAGAGGACAGGAUCCCUGGAUAAAAGGAUCUAAGAAGUCAAUGAGAGGAAAAAAGAAAAUCAAAGUGGAGCAAUGCCCAGUGGGGAUCACAAAGGAGCUGGAGAAUUGCUCUGCUUCCCACAAUGAUCCCUCCAAGGACAGUUAA